AUGGGGUGCAGGAACAGUAAGGUCCUCCCUGAGCCUCCAGGGGAUGUGCAGUUGGACCUGGUCAAAAAGGUUGAUACUAUACAACCCCCGCAGACCGAUAUCUAUCAGCACUUUAUACGAGGAGAUGAGAAGGCUGCAGGAGCCGGUGGUGGGGACAAGAUAGGUGGUGCUUCGCCUCUCCUGGCCCUAGCUGUUGGUCCUACAGCCUUAGUUCAGGCUCCUAAAGAAGCCAAUGAACAGUCAGAUCCUCAGCGCAAGAAGGUCGCUAGGGUUCGUCACACUAACAUUAUCCAGCUCAUGGAGGUGUUUGAGACUGCAGAGCGUGUGUACAUGGUGAUGGAACUUGCCACAGGAGGAGAGCUAUUUGACAGAAUCAUUGCCAGAGGAUCAUUCACUGAACGGGACGCCACGCGGGUCCUGCAGAUGGUCUUGGACGGGGUGAAAUAUCUGCAUACUUUGGGAAUAACUCACAGAGACCUGAAACCAGAGAACCUCCUGUACUAUCACCCAGGGGCCGACUCCAAAAUAAUCAUCACUGACUUUGGUUUGGCCAAUAGCCGAAAAAAGGGGGAUGAGUGUUUGAUGAAGACAACAUGUGGGACACCAGAAUACAUCGCCCCUGAGAUCCUAGUUAGAAAGCCUUACACCAACGCUGUGGACAUGUGGGCACUGGGGGUCAUAUCUUACAUCCUGCUGAGCGGAACGAUGCCCUUUGAGGAUGACAAUCGCAUGAGGCUCUACCGACAGAUCCUCAAAGGGAAAUACAGCUUUACAGGAGAGCCCUGGCCCAGUGUAUCAAACCUGGCCAAAGACUUUGUGGAGCGGAUCCUGACUGUGGACCCAGCCCAGCGCCUCACCGCGGGGCAGGCCCUUAAGCACCCCUGGGUGGUGAGCAUGGCUGCCUCCUCCUCCAUGAAGAACCUGCAACGCUGUAUCUCCCAGAAUCUGCUGAAGCGCGCCUCGUCCCGCUGCCACAGCACCAAGUCCUCGAACUCCAUCCGCUCCAGCCGCUCCACCAAGUCUAACAAGGCCCGGCGCAUGAGGGAGAAGGAGCUCCGCGAACUCAACCGCCGCUAUCAGCAGCAGUACAAUGGAUAG